AUGCCAUAUCCAAAGAUUCCUCCAAUAAAAUACAGUAAAUUGAGAAGUAUCUAUAAAUACUAUAUCGAUUCAUAUAUUGCAUUAUAUCAGUUAAAAACGGAAAAUGAGGAAGAAUUAAGGAAAAUUUACAAAAUGAUCAAAAUGGAAUUGAUUGAUUCCAAGAAAUGCCAUCCCAAAAAUGUUAUUAAAAAUAUUUUAAAUAUCAUUCUGUAUAAUAAUCGCUAUGCAAAGUCAUAUUUGGAACUUGCAAAAUUAAUAUUUGAUGAAUAUCAUGUCAACGAGGUCAGUGAUAUCAUAAAUAUUUCAAACUUCCUGUUCUAUAAAGAGUAUGGAAUUAAAUUAAACAACUCUCAAGGUUUCGGCGAAAUUAAAUUAACAAAUCUCGAUGUUCAUUCAGAAGAUACAAUUUACAGAGCAAUUAUGUAUAAUGACCUAGAUAUAUUCAUCUCAUUCACGGAGAGAGAAGGGUUUAAUAAAAAUAAAAAACUCAAGAGCAGUUUAUAUCCAGAAUCUAAAGCAAGAUAUUCAUUACUUGAAUUAUGUUGUUAUCACGGAGCAAUUGAUUGUUUCAAGUUUUUAAGAGUGAAAUUUAACUCAAAAAUAACUCAAACAUGCCUUCAAUUUUCAUUUUUAGGCAGAAACAAAGAGAUCUUGAGUGAAUGUUUGAAAUAUCAAAAACCAGAUGAAGAAUGUAUGGAAUAUGCAAUUAUUUCACACAACAUUGAUUUUGUUACAUUUUUGAUGAAGGAACACAAUAUAGGGAUCGAUUUAUUUUAUUGUGCACAGUAUAAUAAUCUUGAAUCAAUGUUAGUCUAUUCUGAUCACAAUUACAAAGACUAUUUUAAUUUUAACAAAUGUUUACUCUAUUCAGGAAUGUUUGAAAUUGCAUCUCUAUGCGAAUAUUUCAUUUCACAUGGUGCAUUUAUCAAUGUGAGUAAUUCUCACAGACAAACAACUCUUCAUUUUGCAACAAUUAAUGAUUGUAAAGAAAUUGUGGAACUUCUUCUUCUACAUGAUGCAAAUAUCAAUAAAAAAGAUAUUUACGGAAAAACUGCGCUUCAUUGGGCAGCAUAUUAUAAUAGUAAGGAAACGGUCGAACUUCUUAUUUCAUAUGGUGUAAAUAUCAAUGAGAAAGAUGACUCUGGAUAUACUGCUCUCGAUUUUGCGGCUUGUUUUAAUCAUUACGAAAUUGCCCAACUUCUUAUUUCAAAUGGCGCGAAUAUUAGUGAAAAAGUUAAAAAUGAACUAACUGCCCUACAUUUUGCAGGAUUACAUAAUAGUAAAGAAACAGUUGGACUCCUCAUUUCUUAUGGUGUAAAUAUCAAUCAGAAAGAUAAAACUGGAUACAACGCUUUUAAUUUUGCAACACAUAGAAAUAGUCAAGAAACAGCGGAACUUCUAAUUUCAUAUGGUGCUACUAUCAAUGCAAUGAUUGCUAGAAUGAAAAUUAAAUAA